CUCAGCCAUGUACGGAGCAAUGAGAACUGACUCGGCCAUGAUCAGAGCAAUCGGGUUAAUCUAUGUUUUCGCAGGAAUUGGGUUUGCUCAACAACCUGGCACAAUAGUGCAGGAGUUUCACCCACCGCUGCCUAUACAGGUGUGCGAUGCCGCUGGAUGCCAAACGGAAGCGACUUCGUUCGUGAUGGACGCGUCUCGUCGAUGGUUGUACUCCGUCGCUGACAACGGUCAAACAUCCUGUCUCACUGGCGAUGGUUACGAUCCCAUCCUCUGCCCCGAUGGGCUUACUUGCGCUCAGAAUUGUGCGGUUGCCGGUGUUACUCAAGAACAAUACGACGUAACUUACGGCACUACAACUGACGGAAAUUCCAUUACGUUUCGUUUCGCUACAGAAUCUACGGUUGGUGAAAAUGGCUACCUUUUGGCUACGGAAGACAAGUAUAAAAUGUUUAGGAUGAAAAACCGUGAAUUCACCUUUGAUGUGGACACGUCCCUCCUACCUUGCGGAAUGAACGGGGGUGUAUUCUUCGCCGAAAUGGAAGAGGAUGGGGGCAUGGCUUCUUUUCCAAGUAACAAAGCAGGAGCUAAAUACGGAAUAGGAACUUGCGAUGGUCAAUGCAAACACGACCUGUCUUACUACGCUGGCAAAGUUAAUGUGGAACGAUACACUGAAGAAGGUGUCUGCUGCUUCGAAUUUGACCUUUGGGAAGCCAACUCGUGGGCGAAUGCUUACACAACACAUGGCUGCACAAUCGAUGGCUACUACCUCUGCACCGGUACAGAAUGCGGCGAUGGGGGUGACAGGUACAGCGGAGUGUGCGACAAGGACGGGUGUGGCUACAACAAUUUUAAGCUGAACCAACACUUCUUCUACGGCGCAAACGACAGCUAUGUCAUCGACACGAGGCGACCAUUUACGGUGGUAACUCAAUUUGUUACCGCCGAUGGCAGCGACACUGGAGACCUGAUUGACAUUAGGCGCAUCUACGUGCAGGACGAAGUUGUUAUUGAGAACUCGUAUGUCAACUAUCCAGGCUUGGAAAGUCAUAACUCCAUUAGCGACGGAUUCUGUGCUGACUUUACAUCAUAUAUUGGCGCAGGGAAUUAUGCCGCUACCGUGGGUGGACUCAAGACCAUAGGCGAGGCCCUAGACAGAGGAGUUGUACUCGUUUUCGCCCUCUGGGCAGAUUACGGUUCUUAUAUGUUGUGGUUGGACGGACUGUUCCCUCCUGAUGCUGAUCCUUCGUCUCCCGGCGCCUUGAACGGUCCCUGCCCUGCAGAUAGCGGCAGACCUGAUGACAUAAUAGCCAACUAUCCUGAUACCGCAAUGACCAUCUCGAACAUUAAGUAUGGCACGCUCGGCUCCACUUAUUCUGGGUAAUUCAACUGUAUAUCAAUAAUUAUUAAAUCAUUUCGUAGCCCACCAUGCACCUAACGUAAAAUAACAUUUAUUUAACGUUGUUUGAACUAAAUAAACUAUCGUAGUAAUCAACGUUGUAUCAAGUCGCUUGCAUGACGGGCGGUAAAUUUGGAAAUAUAUUAAGCCUAAUUUGGCGUGCAAACAUUUACUAGUUUGAUCAAUUCCACGAGCGAGAAGUUAUUGAGAAUUUUACUCCAUUGUUUUUAGGUAAUGUAACAUUUUCAAGAGCCUUCAUGCUGUC